CAUGCACAUUAUCACUAACUUGGAGUGGGUUUCAACUUGCAGUUUAAACUGAUAAAAGUUCUACUGGUUCGAGUUUAAGGUGCCAGCUGCGCCGUGCUUAUAACUGGGUUUUGUUCGUCUUCUCUGAACUUUGCGAUCAGGUUCUACUGUGUUCAUCAAUAGAUGAUGUUGGUCUUUUGACAGUAAUCUGAUAUUUCAUCUCAUUUAAUAAUUUUGCACAAAUAUAUAUAAAAAUAUAGUACAUGCUUAAAGUGCCUUUAAAAAUAAACCAAGUAAAGAAAAUGACCAUUACAUAUGUUUUAAAAUAAGACAGAGGUUAAACUUAUGUACAAAUAUUAACGGUGUGAUCUACUCCAUCCGUCCCAAAAUAUAAUAAUUUUUAGCACUUCAGAUUUAUCCUAAAAUAUAACAACUUCCUCACCAACAUUUCCUUCCCAAUCAAUCACAACCCUCUACCAUUAACUUUUCUCAUCUACCUCCACUUCUUAACCAAUCACAACACAUUCCUAUUUAAUUCUAUCUACUUUCUUAAUAACCUUGUCCAACUCUAAAAUUCUCUAUAUUCUGGGACGGAGGAAGUAUUGAAAAACCGGCUGCCCAUUUUUCGGUUAGUUAUAAUUUUGGGUUGAUCCAUUGUCACAAUGUGAGGGCUUCCUUUUCAUUUUCGAAGUAAAAAAACCGCUCCCCACCAGCUUACGAAAAACCAACCGAAAACCAAUAAAAACCGAUGAUUUUCGGUCAACGCCGUACAAAAACCAGCUAAUACCAGUCGGCUUCCACAAACUAUACCUAGCGGUUUCACGAAAACUGACCGGUUUUUUACUAGGUGAAUUUGGAAUUCAUUCCUAUGUUCAAACUGGCCGGAGCGCAGCUGUGAUUGUACACGAAAGGAGUCCCACUCUCACUGACUUGCGGGCCCCACUUGACAGCGACUCCCGUCAAGCCACCACCAGCGUCCUCCUGCCCGCGACGAGUUCAUCGCCUCCUCACCACCCAAACCCUCGAUCGCUCGCUCGCUCCGGCAAUGGCGUCGCUGCCGGACUUGAUCGACGACCUCACCACCGAGAUCCUCCUCCGCAUCCCGCCGGACGAGCCCGCAUCCCUCGUCCGCGCCUCCCUCGUCUGCAAGCCCUGGUGCCGCAUCAUCACCGACCCGGCCUUCCUCCGCCGCUACCGCGCAUUUCAUCGAACACCUCCCAUGCUGGGAUUCCUCCACAACGUUGACGGCGACAAGGCGAUCUCCUCCGUCCCCCGCUUCGUCCCAACCACCACCGCCGCCUCCUCGCCGUUCUCCCCACCGGCCAUCGGUUCUCCCCACUGGUGGUGGGCGCUCGACUGCCGCCACGGCCGCGUCCUCAUCAACCUCUUCAAUCCCAUGGAGCUCAUGGUCUGGGACCCCAUCACCGGCGACCACCAUCGAUUUCCCGUGCCGCCGCACCCGCACGCCUACUGCACCGGGGCCGUGCUAUGCGCUGCGCGCGACUGCCGCCAUCUCGACUGCCACCAAGGCCCCUUCCUCGUCGUCUUCGUGGGCAGUGGAGAGCACGGGUACCAUUACUCAUGGGCGUGCUUGUACUCGUCAGAGACUGGAGAGUGGAGCUCCAAGGUCUCAAUCGUGUUCGAUUCCUAUGUCGAGAUGUUGCCCAGCCUCCUUGUCGAAGAUAUGCUCUUCUUCAUCUGUGAGAAUGGCAUUAGAAUUCUGGGGUAUGACAUUGGCAGGCAUGAGCUUUGGGAGAUUGAGCCGCCAUUGUGGGAUGAUUACCAAGGGGGAACCCUGAUGACAGCGGAGGAUGGUGGACUGGGAUUUGCUACUAUGGAAACCCGCGGCCUCGUGCUGUGGUCGUGGUAUGUGGAUGAUGAUGAUGGGAUUGCAGAUUGGGAACAACUCAGGGUAAUCAAGUUGGAAAUGCUGAUCCCGGUGGAUAACCCCUCAGUCUCACUUGAUCUGGUUGGUUUCAUAGAAGGCACACAAACCAUUUUCGUGUCAUCGGAUGUCGGCGUGUUCGCAAUUGGGCUCAAAUCAGGCCAAGUGAAGAAGAUCUUGCUAGGGGGAGGUCGUCGCACCCAGCUGGAGUACAGACUGUACAGUGACCCAUCCAGACCCUUCCGUUAUGCUUCUGGUAUCUUACAGAGUUAUUCCUUUUUAUUAUCAUUUCAGAUAGGCAAUCGAAGUAAGAAGAGAGUAUGUGACCGUGCUUGGUUGAGGUGUUUCAUUUCAGUUUGUAAUGCAAUUGAGAGAGGAUGGUUCAUGCAGUGAACAAUUUGUUUCAUUUCAUUUAACUGCUUAGGACCGUUACCCUCAAUCUUAUAGGUUUACAUUUCUUCUUAUUUGAGGCAAUGCUCAAUAUGGAAGCCCACUUGGAACCGAUAUAUUGAAGCAUUUGUUUUUUGCUUUUUGCUCUGGUGAGUAGUGAUAUUGUUGAGUGGUUGACCCUACUACCUGUUGUAGUUCAGACUGAAAAUACAAAGGUUACUGCUCAUGUUU